AUGAAGCAUAUUGCACUGCUGAAAGUCAUAUUGCACUGACCGCAAAGUCAUAUUGCACUGACCGCAAAACGCCCCUCUGGCAAUUAGACAGACAAUUAAAUUAAAAUUAAAUUAAUACGCAUGAGAAAUAACAAGUAUCAAAGUAUGUCCAGCCAUGCAGGAAUGAAUAUUCAGCACUGCUGGAGUUUCUUCUUGCAACCGUGCAGGUUUUAAAAUUGUCCAAGAUUUAUUUUGUGGAAGAUUCUGUGUUCCUAGAUCGACCUAGUCCUCGACAUCGUGAUGCAUGUCAAUUCUGCUUCACCGUAGCACUAGAAGUGGCUCUUUUUGCUGGGGGCAUGAGCUGUUUUGCAGCAGUGUAGAAGCGAGCUUUCUUGGCUUGGUUAUGAGGCCGAGCGUAGACCAGCAGCUAGUAUUCACUGAGUAGUGGGGUGGGGCUGUUUCUUUGCAGCAGUAAGUGGGGCGGGGCUGUUUUGCAGCACCAGAAGUGGGGUGGGGCUGUUUUGCAGAUUUCAGUUAAAACUCCAACAAUUUUGUAUCAAGCCAUUCGUCGGUCAUGCCAAUCUUAUACGCUGCAGAUACUGGCGUCUAGAAGAGAGAAGAGAUGGAGCUGUGUCUAGAGUUGUCUCUGUCUUUUUUUGUGCUGUUUAUAUUGUGUUACUAGGACAGUGUUAUGUUGCUAUGCCCUCGGGAUAUAAACUAGUUAUAACACGUGCACUCGGGCUGCAUGGCAUAUAUUGCACUCAGCCCUCGGGGCUGGCGCCCUCGUGCUUCAGUGCAAUAUAUUCCAUACAUCCCUUGUGCCCGUGUUAUAACUAUAACUUAAUUUCAAUGAAACCACACAAUCAUAAUGGAUCAUUGAUUAUUGAAAUGCAUGAUUGCAUCCCCAUGCAUGCAUAGUUAUACUUGAGAGUGCAUCUCCAUACACCACUUGUACUUGAAAUACACAGAUGACAUCUUAAAAAAUCCACCAGGAGGCUUGAAAGUGGGCAGGCUUUUACACAUCAUGAGCAAAGACCUUUGCCCAACCUUUAUAAUCAAGUCAAUGGACAAUGAGAAGAAAAUGUGAGUCCUCCUGUGGAAACCUCAAAAGAGGUAAUCCCAGAAACCCCCUCCUCCCUCCUCCCCUCUCUGACAGUCCCUGCAGUUGAGGAACAGACCUCUCCUAGAAGAUUUAGUGCCCUAACAAAGAAGCCAAGAAAAUGUGCCCGAAUUGUUAGCUCAGACGAAGAAGAUGGAGAAAGUUCUUCUGAAGUGAAUGGAUUAUUCAAACGUAGAAAACUCUUCACAACUUCAACACAAGUGAAAGGUGUCUCAGUAAAAGAUGCUAUAGACGUUGAAGAUGUAAUAUCCGAUUCAGAUUCUUCUCCAGAUUUGAUAAGAAACCGAAAACAGGUCCCUCGACCUAGACGCUCAGUGUACAUACAGAGCGACAGUGACUCAGAUGUACCCUCCAGCAAUGAUAGACGUCGUGCAAUGGAGCUCAAAGAAUCAUCAGAAUGGCUUAGCAACUCAAGAAGAAAGCUCCAGAAAAUUGCAUUUCAGAAAAGCAAGAUUACAAACGAUUUAGAAGAAAUUAAAAUGCACAGUGAAGCCGCUAGAAACUGUAAGAAGGUCAAGAAAAGAAUAUUAAUAGAAAGUAGCGAUAGCGAUGAUGAUCGUAGUUCAUCAAAAACAAAGUUGUCGUCAAUGGAAACCAAACAAAGUGUACAGUCUUGUGACACUACUGCUGAUGUGGUGGAUUUGACUGAUAGUUAUCGUGAUGAGUACAGUGGGUCAGAAUCAGAGGAAGAUGGUUAUUCCGUCAAACAGAAGAAGUCAAUCCUCAAGUUUAUGAAUGAUUCCUCCCUGGAUGAGCUGUGUGAUAUUCCACGCUGCUCUCUUACCAAGGCUAAACUGAUUGACAAACACCGACCCUUUGAAACCUGGAAGCAUUUGGUGGAGGGUCUUGUUGCAAAGAAGGGUCUUAGUGAACAGUUGCUGGAGGGCUGUCUGGCACUACUGGCAGAGAGGAAGGUUCUUGUUAGACUACUGGCUCAAUGCAGGACCAUCUCCACCUCCAUCCAAGACAAGUUCUCUCACCUGCAAAACUCAGAGUGUGUGAGUACUACUGGAGAUGAUGUGGUGUACUCGGCACAACCUGCUGUUAUGAACCCAAGUGUUCAGUUGAAGGAGUAUCAAUUGCUUGGUCUCAACUGGUUGGUCCUGCUACACUCUCAAGACCUCAAUGCAAUACUGGCUGAUGAAAUGGGUCUUGGUAAGACAGUAGAGGCGAUAUCGUUCCUGUCCCACCUCUAUCAGCUGGGCUCCAGUGGUCACUUCCUUGUCGUGGUCCCCUCCUCCACUCUAGACAAUUGGGUUCGUGAGUUUGAGGUGUGGUGUCCAGCCAUGACAGUCAUAGCGUACUGGGGUUCCCAACAGGACAGGUCUCAGAUGAGAUAUGAGAUUCUUUCCAAUCGUGAUAACUUUGAUGUCAUCCUCACAACGUACAAUGUGUGUAUAGGUCAGGCUGAGGACAGGAAGUUCUUUAGGAAGCUCUCUCUAGACUGUCUCGUACUGGACGAGGGACACAUGCUCAAGAACAUGAACUCACUGCGAUACACACACCUCAUGAAAAUACAGGCGAAGAGGAGACUCCUGCUCACGGAGACUCCACUACAGAACAACCUGCUGGAGCUCAUGUCUCUACUCAGUUUCGUUAUUCCGUUCUCUGCUCAAAUCAGAAACACCUUCUCUAGAGCUAGGAGAGUGGACGAGUUGAGUGCCUACUACCAGGAGCAAGUGAGACAGGCCAAGCAGAUCAUGACACCCUUCACACUGCGGAGGCUCAAGUCACAAGUGCUGAGUCAGCUCCCGGCCAAGGUGUCCAGUACGGAGCAUUGUCAGCUGACGGAGACUCAAUGUGAUGAGCUCAACAAGAGGAUGGACGUGAUGGUAGACCUUCGCAAGGCCACCAACCAUCCCCUACUCCUGAGACAUCACUACACUGACCACACCCUACACUGCAUGGUGAGGGCCAUCCUAAAGGAGCCCAGUCACAGAGAUGCUGCUCCCAACCUUGUGUGGGAGGAUAUGAGUGUAAUGUCAGACUUUGAGCUGCACAACCUCUGCACACUGUACAAGUCACUAUCAGAAUACGCUCUACCCGGGAGCUUGGUGGGAAUGUCAGGAAAAUGUGAAUUCCUGUCAAAAAAAUUAUCACAACUGAAAAAGAAUGGUGAUCGUGUGUUGGUGUUCAGUCAGUUUACAAUGAUGCUCGACAUUCUUGAGGUGUUUCUACAGCAACAAGGCCACGCCCACCUCCGACUGGACGGCCAGACACCCGUCACUGAGAGGCAGGGGCUAAUAGACCAGUUCAAUGAACAGGAGAGCAUCUUCGUGUUCCUACUAUCAACAAGGGCUGGGGGUCUUGGCAUCAACCUCACCUCAGCCAAUGUGGUCAUCAUCCAUGAUAUAGACUUUAACCCCUACAACGACAAGCAGGCCGAGGACCGUUGUCACAGGGUCGGCCAGACCAGGGAUGUGACGGUGCUGAGGCUGGUGGGUGGUGGGACAGUGGAAGAGGACAUCCUCCAGUGUGCACAGAGCAAGCUGCGACUGGAGCACGACCUCACAGCCUCCACUGACCACGAUGAUAAAUUGGACGUGACUGGUCUCCUACAGAAGGCUCUAGCAAGAUCUCAAACUAUGAACCUCCCAACCUAACACUAUUGAGUAUACUUCUCAUCUAUUAUCAGAUCAGUGUUGUGUUUUAUUGUCAGUGAGAAUAUGUGAUUUUGUAACUAUUAUUCCAAGCAAAUCAAAUCAGUUUUUAUUGUACAAUAUAUUUGAAACCACACAAUCAUAACAGA